CAAUGCUGCCCACUAUAACUUCUCUUGACUUUCGCUCAGGGCAUUACCUGGCCCAAGUUAAUUAUAAACUUGUGCGCUGGCCUUGGAUUUUGAACUUGUUGACAUUAUUACGUUGCUACGUGUAAAUACAGUGUAUUUUGCUCUUGACUGGGAUAGUCCGCCAUAGAUGGCAAAAACAGGCGCCACCACGAUGGGCAGGGCAUGGUUCUCAAAAAUCUACGGCCAAUUCGUCCACGGAAAGGGUCUCCUCGCAUCGCUAGUGGCUGCGGUAGGUUUCACCGUGAGCCCGGUGUUGAGUCGGCGGGCCGCAGACGUGGGUGUGCCGGGGUUCCAGUUGGUCCUGGUGAACGAGCUCUGUAAAUUCGCCAUGUUUGUCCCCUUGGCUUUAGUGUUCCGAGCUCCACUACGGGGGAAGGAUUGGAAGCAGACUGUUCUCAUGAUAGCCAACGGUGGAUUGAGGGCGCUAGGAGGAACGCUUUUGGUCUUGUCCGUUAUUCUGAUUCCACCGGGGAACGUGUUAGCUAUAAGUCAGGGAGCAGCAGCGCCCAUGUUCGGCAUGAUGGCGGCCUGGUUGGUCAUGAGAGAGGCGCCAGGAUGGCCCAACGUCAUCGGCAUCGUCUUCCAACUCACCGGCGUCGCCAUGAUUGUUUUUGGCGGGAAACCGUCCUCGGAACAUUCGUACAAACCCUGUUUGAACCACUGGAACAGUACAACCGAACGACGUAAUGUUACUUGCAAUGCAACUCAUUUUGGCAACGUGACUAUCGAAACUGAGAGGGAAAUAUUUACAUCUAGAAAGCUCAUACACGACCCCUAUGUAGCAUAUGUCGUUGGAAACAUUUUUGCUGUUUUGAACCCAUUAGUACUGGCAUUCGUAGAUGUCAUAAACAGACGGAAUCUAAGAAACAAUGCCAAGAUGACUUGUAUUGUGUUUGCCGAGGGUUGGGGUUUUGUUAUUAUCCUUCCUAUUAUGUUCCUCACUUCAACACCGAAAUGGAAUCUCGAAUUAGAAGUUAUUUUCAGUCUAAUAGGACAAGGUGUGGUAUUGGCAUUGGCAGUUGGGUGUCUAUACAAUGGCCUUAACUCAGAAAAGGCGGCGACAGUGUACAUCAUGUUAGGCCUUAGCACGGUUCUAGGGUACGUGCUACAGUACUUCGUCAUAUACUAGUAUAUCACUCCGCAUGUGUUCGAGCUAUGCGGAGCGUCCAUUAUUGUGAUGACCAUAGUUGCUGUUGUUGGGUUUACUUGGAAACAGCGUGCAAGAGAUGGGACGAAAGAGUUUAAGGAGGAAUGUGAGAAAAUGCCAACC